AUGGGUGGCGCAGAUGUGUAUUGCUGCCUUUGUGGAGGUCCGCUGAGUCCACCGUACUGGGAGGUGGAUGAAAACAUGGAAGAUAUUGCGAUUGAUGGCGAAGACACGCCAGACGACAAUUCUCAAAAGUCUGGUGGCAGCAAAGUCCAUGAUGAGGCGGAGGCGACGGGAGAUGAUCACGACGAAAAUGCAGACGAGGCAGACGAGGGUCCCGAAGAAGAGGAAGCCGAAUAUGAUCCAAAAAUUGUUAGGCCUGAUGACGAUGUCAUGGAUUGGCUUCGUGAUGUUCGACUUGUUUGCGAAAAUCUCAAUAGCCCGCGACCAAUGCAAGUGUAUUUUACUGGCCUAGCAAAGCAUAACGAUUUAAAUAUGUUUGACGUCGAAGCCGGAGGCGAUGAAAACUUUCCUGCGGAUUAUGACGGAUUUUUAAACGUGUACAGUUGGCAGCAGGAUAACCCAAUAGCAUUCCCGUUUCAUCGGCCUUGUUAUCGCCUCCUCUGUCAUUCAUUGCAAGCAAAUGAGUUGGACAAGCAAUUGCUAUAUGACACUUUCAAGAGUGUAGCCCAUGUGGAAGAGUACCAAGGCACUCUGAACAUAGACUACGGGCCCGUCUUGCAGUUCCAGGAACAAUACUGGGUCUGCCAGAGAGGUUUUGAGUAUAUAAUGUUCAAUCCUCAUCAGGUCCCCCAAUUGGCGGAAUACUAUAUGGCCCUCCCAAAAGCAUCAACUGAGCCUACAAACGACGGAAUUUUUAAAGAUGGCAGCAGAAAUGACACAUUCUCUCGCUUGCCUCAGCAAAUCCACCAAUUGAUAAUUGAUCUUCUUGAAAUAUCAGACGUUUUCCGCCUCCGAUUGGCCUCCAGCGCAGUGUCUGGUCUUGAGCUGCGAAAUUCGUUUUGGAGGCUACGCAUAAAGCAGGAUAUGCCAUGGCUGUAUGACCUACCAGCUCACCAAGGUCAAAAUAUUGAUGACAUAGACUGGUUUCAAGCAUACAAAGAUCUACUCCUGGCCAGUAGCUCCAAGUCAAUCCCAGGCAGAAUCAUGGGACUAGUCAACCGCCGAAGAAUAUGGGAGACCAUACUACCCCAGAUUACUCAGCCUUACCGGGAGAAGGAGAGGGAAAAGAACAAUUUUUUCAGUGUGCCUCCAGCGCUACAAAAUGCAACCUCCACCAAGAAUUCACGACUGAUCUUGCCGGACGCCAAACAAGCCAAAGCUAAGACUCAGGCUUUAAUCCAAGAUUUUUGGGAAUUGACAAGUGCUCGCCCCAAGUUAGCUGUGUCAUGGUCAGAAGAAGGAGACUUGACGGAAAUCGUUCUUGGUAACGGGACGAGUACCGCUGACAAUGGGGGAGCUAAUCAUUUCUCGUUUCCUGACGACGACUGGCUCACAGGCUUUGUGGUUACGACACGAGAGGAUUUUCGUGACGAAAAAGGUCCCAUCACCCGAAGGCUGAUUGGUAUUGAACUUGUUUUCGAUCAUCAAAGGCCCGUUCAGUUUGGUAACCAAGCUGGAGACAAGCGGUUGAUUCAUGUCUCCAAGGACCAUUUUGCAGUUGGUAUCAAAACAGAAACCGCUGCCAGCGGCCAGGUCGCUAAAAUCUCGAUCUUGCAACAGCCAUACACCAUGAGCAGUGGCUCACCGCGAAUUGCAAAUGACCCAAACAACGGUUUCAAUCUCCAUGCCUCCAACUACCUUUGGCGUGGUGAGCUGAUUCCUGCGCCUCUUAAGGCGACGGACUACAGUGUUGGAUACUGGCAUCAUGAUAUGCAAGCUGAUCUGUCUCCAAUGGAGGCUCUUAUAUUUGGUACUACGGAAGAAGAGCUUGCAGACAUGACAUCUCUUUCGGCCGAUACACAAUUUGGCGGGUUUCAGGUCACGUAUGGGACUCGACCAACUCGGACAAUUGGGCCACGUCUCCAUGCGUUGAAAACUCUCAAAAUUGAUGGCAGGAACGGUGAACGUAUCGUCCGCAUGACGACAUGCACAGGGCAUAUCCCUGGUAUCGUGGGCUUUGUAACUAAUCGAGGACGCCAACUUGUUGUUGGACACCGAAGUGGCAAUGAGGCAUUUUCUCCGACAACUCAUGGUCUUGCCGGGUUUUACUGUUGGUGGUCGGCCAGACAACUUCCAACUGCCACGCUUGCUGCUAUAGGGAGCUUGUAUGAUCCGAAUGUGCAAUGGCAGCCCGCGGCUAACCCCCCCGUUGGUCCAACAGACUCAACAGGUUUGCCGUGGGAACCUUGCGCCCCUGCGGCCAAUUUAGAAGAGUAUGGCACAAUUUGGGGUAGUCGGGAAGAAAGCCAGGAAGGGUUAAUCAGUAUGUCACCUGUUCCCGGUCCAGCCAGCGUAGUCUGCUUUCUAGACUGUACUCGGCCAGUGGCAGAAAUCGGAUACACACUUUGUCAUAGCACGACAGUCAGAAAGUUGCCCUUGUGUGGCGUAAGAUUCACAUAUGCUGAUGAUGGCCAAGAAGUGUCCGCUGGACCAGACGUCUUCCCUCCACUACCGGAGGACAAUCACGAAGGUAAUAAUUAUAUGUGGUGUUGGUGCGAAUUAGGAGGCAAGGACGACCGGGUCAAGAACGAAAUGGCGAGCAGUCCGCACUUCCAACACCAUGUAGAGAAACUCAAUGGAUCGAGGCUACGAAGUUUGCGGAUUUGGAUCAAUCAUGAUAAGCGACUUGUGGCAUUGCAGUUCACAACAAGUGAAGGGCAGCUGCCGAUUUGGACUAAAGAGACCGAGGAUCUUGGUGAACCAUCUGGAGAAAUCAUGUUUGGGGAGGCAGAGCAGAGCGGAGCAAGUGGCAUAAAGUUGUUCUUUAACUCCGAUCAUAGAUCUGUCUCACGGGAGGACUCCAUCGUCGAAGCAGUCCAGGCUAUGAAGACUCGGUGA